AAAACAGCCGAUCGAACUGUGGGCGGAAAAAAUAUAAGUCAGGCGAGAAUUUCUUUAUGCUAUUCGAUCUUUUCAUCUGGAUCACGGCUAAACUCGCCAUACUCUCUUCCGGCUGAACGUAUAUCUCCUCCCAGACAUCUCUAAAUAGUUUAUUCAAACUCCUCCAUGGCCACCCCUUCUGAUAACUCUAAUUCGGAAGUUGUUUAUAGGAGGCAAAACAAAGGACCCCCUUUCAAGUUCCUAGUUCCUUUAGUUUAUGCCCCUGUUCUCCCUUUAAUUCGACUUUCUUUGAGGAAGAACCCGGUUUUAAGGGAUCGGCUGUUUACUAUUGUGUUGGCUUGGGCUUUUGUUCACGGUUCUUAUUUAGUGUCAGAUCUAUACGAUGCUGAGAGCAAGUGAACAUGCAGAGAGUUUGGCUUGAGGAACUGAUUUUUAUCCCUUUAAUAAGUAUUCAUAUUUUGUGGCAUAGAACAAGUUGAGUAUUGUAUUCUUCUCAUUCCCUCUAUUGAGGAAUGAUAAUUGUGUCUCGCAGUUAUAAUUCAUUUCGGGAGUUAAUUUAGAUUUUGAGGAGAAAUAAGAUAGGGUGAUGAGCCUGCUUGUUAAACUCGAGAUCGAUCUGCAGGUCACACAUACACAUUCAGAGUUGUUUUGAUGUUCUGAAGUAAAACACAGCCAUCCAUACAUUAUG